GAAAGCGUGUGGCAGUGGCUUUGUUAUUGUACUAUAUAAUAUCUCCACCAUGACGACGACACCACCAGUUCCACCGUAUCCAGCUCCCUACUCCAUGUGCUCCAGAGAGGAAUGUCAGGAACGCCAACGAUCCGGGGAAAUAUCGAUUUUCGAGUCGAAAUGGCAACCUUCCAACAACAACACCAGCAACAACAAUAAGCCAAAAUCCAGUUUGUCCCGUGCUCUGGCUGGAGGGCCGCCACAAAAGCAAAAACCAUCGAGCCGCCGCGUGGUGGACCCUCACUUUGCCAUGACCAAAUACCGACGAUCGGCCGCGGGGAUGGAUUCUCGAGUCGAGAAUGCGCGAAGUCUGGAGGCAUUGGAGUGUUGUCUGUCCCAAUUGGAAUACAUUUUGUGUUUUCAACAACAGCCACCAACCGAUAGCAGUGAAACUCCGUCAUUAUUAUUAUUUCCCAAGCAGACACUGACGGGGACGGUAUCCUUUGUGGAAGACCGGAUCCGGGCCAUUCAAGUGGACAUGAUUGUCUCGCAACGUGCGGACGCCAGGCUGCAAUAUCGAAUAGUGAAAUGUCACAUUCUGAUUCUCUAUCUAUUGGGAAAUGCCAAGAAAAAGUACGAACCCAAAUUUGGACGUCAAGCUCUGUCGGCAGCAUUGACCAAUUACUGGGAUGACAAAGAGCAACAACACGAGACAGCAUUGGAUGAUAACAUUCUCUGUCUCAUGACCCUGCAACAGCUCUGUCAGUACAUCCUUCAACAACACUCAUACGACACAGCAGCAGCAAGCGAGAAUAAUCACAGCGACGCCCUUCCCUCCAUUCUGGAUUAUUACCGACGCAAUACACAACAACGAAAACUAGCGGACUUUCCUCAUUUCCAAUGGGCAUUGCAUCUGGUCGAAUUGGCCGUCAUGGGACGGCCUCAAUCACUGCUCCGACAACUGGUAGAAUGCGACGUCAAGCUCGGUCGUCCAUCCUUUGCCAUUCUAUGUCGAUCGUGUCUGGCACCCGUUGUCAAUACAUUGCGGUGGCAGGCACUGGAACAAUACAAUAUUUCCUACAUGAAGGGAGAAAAGGUCCAUUACCAAGAAUUGGCCCGCUUACUCUACUUUGGCGACCCCGAGGAGGCAGGACAGUUUGCUCACGUCGUGGCUGGAUUGAAACGACACGAUGACGGAGAUAAGAUCGUCUUCAAAGUUGGUCCUAUGAAAAACAACAAACAACAACGGAACGAUUGAGGAUGAUGAAGCACGUCAAGAUGCCUUUGUCUUUGGCGCGUUCUUUAGCGAACAGAACUGGAGAACACACCAACCACAAGCUAGUCGCACUGCCUGGGAUGACCAUUCGACUCCCAUUCAGCCUUCUGAAAGCACAGACUCUGUCAAACAACACGGAAGCGCUUCGGUGGAUCAAGAGGGGAUCCUUGUACCGCCUUCUCUGCUUCUCUAUCAUGUGCUGAGAGGUCACGACGAUAAGAUGUAGUAAAUACUAUCUUACCAGCUACGUAGCUAGGAUGAGGUGCGAAUUACGUACGUUACCCUCCAAUACAUGUAGCUACCACAGCAUGUACAUACAACUGCUGACACACUGCGAA